GACGGAAGGUGGGGAGGAUGAGGCUUGAGUCUUGAUGACUGAAGGAUCGAGCAGCAGAGGUAUCCUGGCUCUUCUCCUCCCUGGCUGUAGGCAGUGAUGUCUUUCACUAGCAUGUAUAGAAAUUUCGCGUUCAAAGGACAAACAGGAGUAACUGAAGGUCCAGAAGAUGAGGAUUAUGAGAACAUGGCCCCAUCCAAAGAAGACCUUCCUCCCAAACCAGGGACCAGGAAGUUUCCAGGCCCAGGUGGAAGAUUGGGAUGGCUGAGAGGUUCAAUAGCUCCCCCAAGACCUCCAAGAGCAGGGAAGAAAACAGUGAAACCAGCACUUCCCAGCAAGUCCCCACAAGCAGCAGGCUUGGGCCCUGCUGUUGUGUCCUGUUCCCCGCUUCCCCAAAUGGUUGUUCCCAACCCACAGCCCAUCCAGGGGUUUCAGCUCAGCCGGGUACCCCAGUCCAGCCAGAUGUCCCAGUCCAGCCAGAUGUUGCAGCCAAGUCAAGGGCCACAGUUCACCCAGGAACCCCAGUUCAGCCAAGGGUUUCAGCUUACCCAGGUGCUCGAGUCCAGCCAGAAAAGAAAGAUCAUCCAGCUCACUCGGAAAGAGAAAAUAGCAGUGUGCCUUUGUAUGCUGGUGGGGAUAGCAUUGCUGCUGGGGGUGACAAGCCUUGCUGUGACUUUGAUGAACUUGACUGGACCAAGGGAUCUGAUUGGACUAAAGAAGUACAUUGAUCAAAUCCGAGAUGACACCAACCGAACCAUAACUGAGCUUCAAGAUUUAAUUGGCUGCACCAGAAAGUCCUGUCCAAAGAACUGGCUUCCUUUUGGGGAAAGCUGCUACUUUUUCUCUACAAUAACCAAGAACUGGGAUGCUGCCAAUAUAUUUUGCCUGGAGAAUUACUCUCAUCUGGUCAUCAUCAGCAACACUGAGGAACAGAAUUUUGUGACAGAGGCCCAUUCCUCAAAGAGGACCUACUGGCUGGGACUGACUGACAGAGAGGUGGAAGGGGUGUGGCAAUGGCUGGAUGGGUCCUUGCUUACUUUAAGCUUCUGGAAACUAGGGGAGCCCAAUAAUGUAUACAAUGAAGACUGUGUCAUCAUGCUCUUAGAUGGCCAGUGGAAUGAUGUAUCUUGUCUCUUGACCACGUAUUGGAUUUGUGAGAAGAAAUCUACUUGUUGAUUCUCUCAAGUGAAGCUGGAGGCUGGACCCAGGGCCUCCUCUUCUUAGAUGAGUGGUCAGAUUUGGGGUAGAAACUUACCCUUUCAGAAAAUGGUCCCCAAGUCUUUGCUUGUCAAGGGUCUCAGACUGCUAUGACAUUGAUUUCCUCUCCACAACACCUGACUCAGCAGUGUCCAGCAAGAUGGAUGUCAGUUUAAUUUCAAGGACCAGGAUUUGGGUCUGAAUAUCCUAUAAUGUGACAAUAAACAGUGAGCUGAGCCCACUAUGAGGUGGGUAGGAUGAAAGUAGGGGGCAGAAGAUCAAUCUGGCCCUUGGCACUUGGUCCCCACAGCCUUGAUGACUUCAUUUGGGCCACUAUGCAGUUGAAGACCAUCACUAGUCCCAAGGGCUCUUCGGAGUUUGGGCUGGGGGGUUUAGGUUUACUUCCAGACAGAUCAAGGAUUUGCUUUGGUCCAAGAACUUGGAAUCCCUACUUCAAUCAAUAUGGGUUGAGUUUUAAGGAAGGCUCUAGGUCUCAUAGGGUUUCUUGGAUGAGGGAAAACAUAAAACUGGGUUAUGCCGCUUAGUUGCUGUGACUUCUCUAGGUCCACUCUGGAGGUUUGAGCAGAACCGAACUAACCUUUGAGGGAUAGGUGAAGGAAGGCAUCUCUUACCACAUUUCAUGGAUUCUGGAACGGCCUGAGUUAGGUUUAUCCCAGGCAAAGUGGCAGAGUGGGAGUCCAUCAUUGACCUGGUUCAUGGGCCUGGUCACCUCCUUCAUACCCAUGUCCCAACUGCACAUAGUUAACCCCCUGCAUCAGGUCCAGGAUUAUAGCUAACAGCCCUGUCUGGCUUUAAAACCUAAAUUGUUUGGGAUCGUAUAUUUAGAGGUACCUUGGAGGUCAUAUAGUCCAACCUCUGAUUCCAUAUAUUUUGCACAUGCUGAAACCUCGGCCCAGGAAGAAGAAAGGACUUGUCCAAAGGCCCCUAGGGUUAUCAAAGGUUCCAGUUAUUUGCUAUCUUGGUAGCAGAGCUAGGAUUCCAGCUGAGGCCCCCUGAUUCUGAAUCCAAAAUUCUUCUCACUGUCCCAUCCAUGCUGCCUCAUUGGUCUUAUCUUUAGUUAUAUCUAUUUCUUUCUAAGUAUUUAUACACACACAUAUACCCACCCAUACACACAUAAAUGCUCAUGAUAUAUACUUUAUAUAUAAGU